UUGUGUGCUGACUGUUGCAUGUUUCAAAGCGAAAUUCAUUAUUGAAAGAAUAACUCGUAAAAUUCGACAAAAAUAUUCCGUACAGUAUUUUAAAAGAGAAAAAUAUUGCUCAAAACAGCGAAACGGAUGCAUAUUACCGUUUAUUAUUACCACGCGUAUAUUAGUUUGUUAAUGUUAGUGCCUUUCGAACACCCAGUAGAAAAGGUUGACGCAGGUCUGCGCUUGUCACAAACAGUUGACCUGUGUAGUUGACUGUGAUAGUUGACCGAUCGCGCGCUAAUAUACUUUUCUCGCGUUUCCGUAUUCUCUCGUGGUUUUGACUCAUUAUCGCAGAAAUCAGUGCAGUAUACAUGAGGUGAUGAGAGAACGUACAAAAGGGCCAGACUUCGGACCGCCCAGGUGAGAUGGCUGAAUUUCUAAUACAUCACGGUGAGACAUAAUCUGGGGGGGUGACCGAAGUUAUACAAGGCCUAAUUCCAUUACUGACAAUGUUGAAUGCACAGCGUUGCAGUGAUUACAGAUGAUCUCUGAUAUAGGUUAGUGCAAGCAGAAAGCACUUUCAAAUAGGACAUCUAAAUGUCAGAAGGUGUCCUAGCAUAGUGUUUUAUGCUUUGGCCAGGCAUUUUUAAAGAUGGCCACGUAUCAAGUUGAUUAUCAGUGGGCUUAUACUAUAAUGGAUUCAUCUAGGAUAUCCACUUUCCUAAUAUCAAUUUUAUUGAUAGUCUAUGGCAGUUUCCGAUCUCUAAACAUGGAACAGGAAGCUAGAGAAAGGGAAAAAGAAAAAGAACGUAGUAAUUUAUUGACUGGAAUUUUGAGUAACAGCAGCACAGCAAAUGCAGAUGGUGCUAAUGGAAGAGUUCAAACCCUAAAUACAAUGCAUGCUCUCUGUCUACCUCUUGGUGCUUCCAUUUCACUACUCGUCAUGUUUUUCUUUUUUGACAGCAUGCAAAUGCUUGUAGCAAUCUGUACAGCCAUUGUAGCUGCAGUUGCAUUGGCAUUUCUUCUUUUACCCAUGUGUCAAUAUAUCAUUAGACCAUGUUCAGAUGGUAAUAAAAUAUCUUUUGGUGUCUGUGGAAGGUUUACUGGUGCAGAAUUACUUUCAUUUUCAUUAAGUGUGAGUAUAGUCUGUAUUUGGGUACUGACUGGGCAUUGGCUACUCAUGGACGCAAUGGGUAUGGGACUUUGUGUAGCAUUCAUUGCAUUCAUUCGAUUACCUAGUUUAAAGGUAUCCACCAUACUAUUAACUGGACUACUCAUUUAUGAUGUCUUCUGGGUUUUUUUUUCAUCUUAUAUAUUCAGCACAAACGUAAUGGUUAAGGUAGCAACUAGACAUGCAGAUAAUCCAGUGAAUCUUGUGGCUAGAAGGUUGCACUUAGGUGGUGUAGCAAGAGAAGCACCGAAACUUCCUUUACCUGGAAAAUUAGUGUUUCCAUCAAUGCAUCAAGCAGGACAUUUUUCAAUGUUAGGUCUUGGCGAUGUGGUUAUGCCAGGACUACUGCUUUGCUUCGUUUUACGAUAUGACGCGUAUAAAAAGACUCAAUUGUUGCCUGGUGGUUGUGAAACAGGAGUUCCACCGCCACGACACAUUAAUCGCAUCAGCUAUUUUCAUUGUUCGCUCAUUGGUUAUUUUCUUGGUUUACUUACUGCUACUGUAAGUUCUGAGGUGUUCAAAGCUGCGCAACCUGCCUUAUUGUACCUUGUGCCCUUUACUUUGUUGCCAUUACUCACAAUGGCGUACUUGAAGGGUGAUUUACGUCGGAUGUGGAGCGAACCAUUCAUAUCUCAGCAACCUUCCAAACACAUGGAAGUUUGACAACAGUCAUGGGUUUGUGUAUAUUACACAUUGGGAGGAAAACUACUUGUAGAAUCCCAUUGUCACUUAUCAUAACGUCCUUAUUUUUAUCAAUGUCAUUUAAUGUAAGUAACUUUUUUUUUUACACAUGCGUCUUUUAAUGCUACAAUGCAAAUUACGGUUUCAUAUACGGGAAAUGUAAAGGUAUACUGCAGUACGACAUUGAUUUAAUACAAUAUUGAAUACAAGUAAUGACAAAGUUUUUUAUUAAAUUGAAAGCUAAAACAAUUCUUGGAAAGCGUAUUUAAAAUACUGACUAUUAUCGACAUAACGUUAAUAUUCAUUUUGUGUCUUAAAUUCGGUGUUGAGUAAAUGAAUGAAUUAUGUGUAAUAGAUAAGAUAACUACAUACUGUUUAUCAAUUACUUCAUAGUUUAGUAAAUGCGAAAAAACGUGUUCUGAGAGUCACCUAAAAAAAUGGACAAGUAUCUUUUUUUUUAAGUUUUACAGUGACUUUACUAUAAAAAUUUAUAAUGUUUUCAAAAUACACAAUUUUUUAUUCCUUCUUUUUUACACUAAACUAUUAACAUAUAUAUAUAUAUUAAUUUCGCUAUAACUCCGUUAUAAAUGCGUGUGAUAUUCUCUAUGCAGAAAGAUUCUUUUUAAUUUAUUCAAUCGAUAUCAAACUAAUUGUAUGUAACGUGUAGUUAUGGAUAGAGUAAUUUAAUAAUUAUUCGACGAUUUCCAUGAAAAUCUAGUGAACGUAUGUGUGUAGGUUGUGAUUUUCUUUUACUUGGAGCUAGCAUUGAACAAAGUAUUCUCUAUGCAACGUGUAUAUAAAUUUUGGUUUUUAUAAACUUAAGAAAAAAAUUUACAGUUCGUUAUUAGCAUAUAUUGCAAGCAUUUCAACUUGCCAAAUAUCUUGCUAACUUUGUGUAGCAUGAUGGGAAAUUGCAAACAAUUUUAGAGAAGUGAAAAGUGAAAGUUGUAGAAUUUUAUGUCAACAAAAAAAAGAGAGAAAAAAAAGUAAAUUGCGUAUUUGCGUCUUGAUUUUCAAGAACUAUCUCGUGAUAAGAAAGAAGGACUUAUGAUUGAAAUAUAGUGUUUUAACUAAGCUCUUGCUAUGGAUAGGCAUCAGAAAGAUUUUAUAUGUUUAUUUAAAAACAAGACUGAAAGAGAGAGUAAUAUUGUACGAAAGCCAACAUAUUUAGAGAUCUCUCAGAAAGAUAUAAUCAAUCCUUUUUGUUCAAUUUUUCUUGUAUUUCAAUUUAUAAGAUCGUAGAUUGAUAUGAUACAGUAUAGUAUGAUAUAUAAUACAAUAUUGCGCAAUGUGUCUAAAGUAAAAUAAUUGCUUUCAUAAUUAGUAUAAUUUACUAUAGAUUACAAAGGAAUCUAGAACUUGAAACAUGUUAGUUGUUUACUGUUUGUUUUUAUAAUACUUUAUUCAUCACAUUCUAAAGAUUACGAACAAAUUAUAUGUAUAUUUGAAUUUUGAUCUGUAAAUGUAUUUUAUGGAUAAGAAUAUUUUAAGGAGAGUGAUACAUUUUUAAUGUAAUCAGUUUUGCACCUAGAAUGGUAUAUUAUGGUAUUAGGUGUGAUAAAUCAUCGGAUACAGAAAUACAUUCUCGGUUUAAACUAAUUAUAACUUGUAUACUUGUAUAUUGAUAUAGAAAGUAAACUCUAAACUGUAACUUGGACGAAAGAAAAAAAGGAUAUUAUACUUGCAAUCUUGUUCAUUAGAAAAAUUUCGAUAUUUCAUUUUUUUCUUAAACAUUUUGUCCUUACUUUUAUAAUGUUAAUAGAUCGAUGUUAAAUAGUGUUAUACAAAAACUAAUAAUUCUAAACUUUUUAAAAAAACGAUAAAAGAUUAUUUGUAUAUGUAAUCGUUUUUAUACAUUUCUUUUUCCUUUUUUUUUUCUUUCUGCUUACGUUAACGUGAAUGAAAGGAAUUUAAGCAAUUUAUAUGAGAUAUUACACUGAUAAAAAUACUCCUUUUUAUACGAUCUAAUUAGUUUUUGUAUAAAACUGUGAUUCUUCCUAUACUUUAUUCGCUUACCUGUCCAUAGCACAAGCAAUUUAUUCUUAUUCAUUACACGUCUUGAAGAAAUAAUCUUUAGACGAAUCGUACAGAAGAAAUAUCUAUUUCUCUCAUAAGAUAUAAAAAUAUAAGUGACAAAAUAUAUUUUAGCUACUUCCGUUGUAAACAUAAAAAAAGAAGACUUGAUAUCAUCCAUAAAGUGGAUGACUUUAACUGCGUUCUAUUAAACUCCAGAAAGCUUAAAACUCAUUUUAUGGUUCGUUUUUCUUUUUUUUUUUUAAGUAAUGAAAAUAUGGGAUUAAUAUUUUCAUAAUGUCCAUUUUGAGCUUCUUGUUUCAUUGAAUGUACAUACUAUUAACAUUAGGAAUUAAUUUCCUAUCGUCUGUUUUUCGUUUGCCUUGUAAUUCAAGAUUUAAUUUAUCGAAUGAAAAAGCAGGUUUCAGCAUAUUUUGAUGUUUAGUUGAACAUUUUAGUUAAAACAAAGAAAAACACAUGAUAUAUAUAUCAUUAUAUAAAAAUAUUGUGCAAUAAUAAAAUGUGUUUCAAUGCUUUCGUUAUUAGGAAUUAAUCAAUGAACUACUUUUUCAUAUAGGGAAAUGAUUGUAUUAUGUUCUUGCUUUAAUUACAUCUCUUUAAUUCAUAUUGCUUCUUUUUUUGUACAAACAGAAUUUAAUACAUAACAAUGUAGAAAAUAUUGAUCGAUAAGAUUAUAACUUAGUUUAUGGUGAAAAUGAAAGGUGCGUAAAAUUAUAUUUCCUUUUUUUUAUAAAUGUACGUAACGAGCCACGUUUUAAUUAACGAGAGUCUUUAAGUCUGAUGGAUUAUUUAUUUUGACUAGGAUAACAAGUUUCAGAAUGAGAAGCAUGUACAUAAGUAACACACUUAACUGUCCUUCAGUUUUCCCACAAACUAAGUGACAAAAAAUGACACAUAUAUAUAUAUAUAUAUACAUACAUAUUAGCGAUACGAAAUGUAUGAAAUAAAAAGCAAAGUAAAUGAGAAGAAUACAUUUAAAAGAAAAAAUCGGAAAUUAAGUCAUAAAUAAUAUAUAAUUAAAUGCUAAAAUAAUAUAGCUAAUAUACUUAUAAGAGCACUUUGCUUGUACUGUUGCAAUUCUUGACUUGCAUGUGUACAGCUAUGUACAUUUUUAUAUAUAAUAAAAAAGCACACGAUCGUGCUUCGUGCGUGCUCGUGUUGAAUAAGUAAAGUUAUUGAAUAAACUUACAUGUGUUCAUUUUC